UGGAUUGUCCUUGCCAUAUUGAGUGGUGGAUGUGCGGCUUUCAAUGGGGUCUUUGCGAAGUUGACUACAACGGAACUCACCAGUAAGUUCGCUACUUGGAUCGCCAACCUCGUAGGGCUGGGCAAUGUGGAGGGAGGUGUGGAAGUCGUUGUCCGUGCUAUAUUCUUUGGCCUCAACCUAAUAUUCAAUGGCAUCAUGUGGACCCUCUUCACCAAAGCUCUCGCACGCGGAACAUCCACCACACAAGUCAGCAUCCUCAACACAUCUUCAAACUUCAUGCUCACCGCCGUCCUUGGGUGGCUCAUCUUCUCGGAAUCGCUUCCACCGCUCUGGUUCCUUGGUGCUGCAUUGCUCGUAGCCGGAAACGUGAUCAUUGGAAGAAGAGACGAAGGAGAAGAGAAGCGGGAUGUGCAUCAGAGAGCCGAGGAUGGCGGGGGUGCGGAAGAGGGAGAAGGACUUCUAGAAGGCGAGGAGGUUGAACUUGAUGAGGAU